UCGUGGAACGCAUAUCAAAGACGAAGACGGAUGCCAUGCUAGGAACACCAUUGUCCCAUGCACGCGCGAGAUAGCUCGAGAAGUAUAGUUUGUGAAGUGAAGUGAACUGCAAGUUCGGAUCCUCGUCGGAUGCCUAUGGUGCUUUCAUUCUGUUCUCAAGUCACGGUUCCAUUGAAGACUCACGGUGCAAGGAAUGCCAGGACCGAACGUAGCGACAAAAUACGUCGGCUUUCUGUGCCGGAAUUGGAGGAGGAUUCUAACCGUCGCAGUACCCGUAGCCCUGUGCCCCAUUCUCUUCAAUGCUGGCAAAGAAAGCCGAUGUCUCUACGGCAUUCUCCUCAUGGUCAUCUACUGGGCGUUCGAGCUGCUGCCGUUGUCGGUAACGGCUCUGCUACCAGUCUUCAUUUUUCCCGUCCUCGGUGUCCUGACCACGUCGCAGACUACGGCGCCGUACAUGAAGGAUAUAGUGAUGAUGUUCCUAGCCGGGAUGAUCUUGGCAAUUGCCGUCGACUACAGCAAUCUUCACUACAGGAUAGCUCUUCAGACGCUUCUGCUCUUGGGGACGAGUAUAUCCUGGGUGCUCUUUGGAUUGAUGAUUGUGACUGCAUUCCUGUCCAUGUGGCUCAGCAACACAGUCACUGCACUAAUGGUGCUCCCUAUCUUUGACGCCUUGACCUUGGAGAUAUGUCGGCACAUAAGUGAACUUGAAUAUGAUGGAAGACACCCGGUCUUCAGUCAGUGGGUCCCUGAAGCACGCGACUCAUGCAAACGGGAAUUUAUGUCUCGAGCAACGCCAAGUGUUGAGAUUCAUGCCACCAGUACCACGAACCCACUACGUGCUUCUACGACGAUCGAGCGGAGUUUGACUAGGGAAAACGUGCAACUACGACAAGCCAUGCUGCUUGGCAUGGCUUACGCGACUACCAUCGGCGGUACGGGCUCUCUUGUCGGUACGCCCACGAACAUCGUACUCUACGGGUUGGUGCAGACGCGGUACCCAGCUGCUGACCGUCUGUCUUUCGCAACGUGGAUGAUCUACAACGUACCUCCUGUGCUGGCACGUGUAGUCCUCACGUGGUUUUAUGUGUACUACAUCCUCGUUCCCAAAUGCUACCAUGGGCACAGAGCAGACGAAUUCGUUGUCCGUUACACUAUUCGACGGCAAUACAAUGAUCUAGGAAACAUAUCAUUCCACGAAAUCAUGGUACUGGUCAUAUUUGCUGCCACGGUGUUGCUAUGGUUCUUUCGCCAUCCGCACAUAAUGCAGGGCUGGUCCUGCUAUUUUGCGCUUGGGAGGGCCAUUGGAGACGCAACACCCUCUAUGCUAUCUGUCCUCCUCCUCGCCCUCAUUCCGGCGAAACCAUUCCAAUGUUUCAGCGGCCCGCCGCUGCUGGAGUGGUCAGCAAUUCAAAGAAAGCUACCCUGGGGCAUUAUCCUGCUCAUUGGCGGAAGCUUCAGCAUAGUGACAGCGUCUGACGCUUCUGGGCUUGCAGCAAAGGUGGCGUCUUACCUCGUCAGCUUGGACUUCAUGCCCGAUGCCCUCUUAGUGGCCACGAUGACGAGCUUUACCGCCAUUGUUACGGAAUUCAUUAGUAACACUGCCGCCGCUGGCAUCAUCCUACCGGUGUCGAGUGACCUGGCGCAUUCGCUGAAGAUUCACCCGUUCUACAUGAUGAUACCAAUAGCAAACGCUGCGUCCUUCUCGUUCAUGUUGCCCGUAGGAACGCCUCCUAACGCUCUGAUCUAUCACCAUGGGCGGAUGAGCACACCGUACAUGGCUCGUGCUGGCUUUGUGGUCAACGUCGGGUGUAUACUCAUCGAACUCCUCUUCAUUAACACUUUGGGGGUAUGGGUCUUUGAUCUCGACGAAUUUCCCUCUUGGGCUGAGGAGAUUAAUGCGACGUCGACUAUGGGUCACGCCAAGUAGAGCUCGUGACAAGAUAUUUCGAAUCAAUUUUAAUAUAAAAUUACUUUUGAUACAAUGAACACAAUGCGUGCUAUUACCUCCCAGUUUGCCCAUGCCAAUGUUUGUUCUAAGCCAUGCAGUUUUUUGUUUUGUUUUUUGCCCUGUUUUCCUCCCAAGCGCUGCAACGACAUUCAAUACUCGCUGUGCCAACCGAGCAUUUAAUCUUCAUCGUUUGUCAACAUGUGUUGCGAUAAUCGGUGAUGUCAAUAAAUUUUCAUGGUCAACAUGGUUUCUGGAAAUAUGUUUGGGACAGUUUAUACGCGCAGA